UGGAUAGACGGUCCGUGCUGACGAGCUCCAUCUGGAAAUCAUCCCCCCAGCAAUGGCACCAGCAGUUUUACCCAACACUUUGUCAGCGCAUCAUCCUAAUUCAUCUCCUUGUUUCUUUGCCUGUGGACUCAGUGUCAGCCCCACACUGGGCACCGGGAGAAGCACUGGGGCCAUCGUGACAGUGAACGUUUGUUGAUUGCAUACCAGGGACCAGAGUGGUGCUUGGUGCUUAGUGCUUCCUGAGAAUGAUCCUUGUCACAGCUGGCCCCUAAGGUAGGUAGGCAGUAUCCCCAUUUUACAGAACGAGAAACAGAGACCCAGAGAGGUUAAGGUACUUGGGGAAAGUCACACAGCUGGUAAGAAGCAGUGUUAGGAUCCAGACCCAGGCUCUGACUCUGGCAUCCACACUUGUAACCUCUACUGUGUGCAUUGUUGCCUGGAGGUGAGCCACCAUCCGGGCAGAGAAACAGAUGACAAUCGAGUGGCACAUCGUAGACCUUUGCAGGGUUCACCCUGGCUGGCCUGUCUUGAAAGGUUCGGUGCUGCAAUGGGAGUAUAGAUAGGUUGGAGGCAAAUGCAGCCAGGCUUAGCCUUAUCUCUGCUGCUUGUAAGAGGUGGGGCAUCAACCCCCAUGUGCUUCUGCAAAUCAGACACAAAUAUUCACUUGGACACGUUACUGAAAGAAAGAGUGAUAACUGAGUGACCUGGCACCUCCUGCACAAGUGCCUCUAAAUGGCAAUCAGUACUGCAGUUGCUGAAAACCGAGAGUUAUGGCUUCAGUGAGUGCUGGGCACCUUGCUUCCCUCCCAGGAGAAGGCCAGGUUAGUCACCAGAGGGCCUCAGGCUGGAAGGGGCCCUAACGAGUCACCAGGUCCCUGGCUGUCCUGGCAGGCUAUAGGCCCAGAUGUCAGCCCUGGCCAGGGAGUCAGUCUCAUUUUAUAAACUGCCCAGGGCUGGGUACUGCAGCCUCUCCUCAUCACUCAUUCGAGCUUAUGGAAGAGCUUGGAAGAGCGUAAAGGGAUGUGUACUUGCUAUAAAUGACACGGGUUGUAACUUUUGCCUUUGUUGCUCAAGAAGAACUUGCUAAGUGUGAAGUACUGCAUUAGUAGGCAGAAUGCAAGAACCAGGGGUUUGGGCAUCAGACCUGGGUUCGAGUCUUGCCCUGCUCCUUCCCACCUGGGCAUGUCACUUGCCCUUUCUGGGCUUCCAUUUCCUCAUAUGAAUAAAGGAGAGUCCUGCCUCUUGCUAUGAGGAUCGGCUCUAGGGCUGCUUCUGUGGGCACAGCUUCCUGACUGCAGCCUGAACCCCAGUUCCAAGAGUGGCCUGGCCCUGCCCCUUUUCCCCCAUCCCAGCCCCUAUCAGGCAGGGCCAAAAACACUCAGGCUGGUCCAAGAGAUUGAAUGGCACAUCUCCUGCCAGGCGUGGCUGACUCCAAGCCCUCUUGCAGGGGAGAAGGGACAGAUCUGGCCCUGUCCUGGGUCUGGCCUCAGAUCCUUUGACCCAUCUCUGGACUAAUACACAGCUUGAGGCUGGUACAGGCACUGAUCUGGGACAGGCUGGAGCCACUGGCAGCCUCGUAAAUCAGGCUCCAGCCUUUGAAGCUUGUGCAGACUCCCUGGGAGAGCCGAGCAGCAUGCUCUUCUUGCAGUAGGAGCUCCUCCCCCCGGGUCUGGAGUCUCCAGGGGUGAGUGGGGCCUGAUUUACAGAGGCUUCUAAUAGCAACAGCCCAGCCUGGGAGGGGAGGCCCAGGAAAGAACGAGUAUGCCCUAUGACCUGGCCUCCCAGGCUGGGGAGACAGUAGGAGCUGCCCUGGAGGGAGGGCCACUCCCUCUGAGCCUGGGUGGACAACAUCCCCCACCCCUGUCCCCUACUGGAAUUCAGCACUCCUGGCUGAAAUAUUCAUCUCCUCCUUUCAAAGAGGAGUGGGGAGAGGAAAUGCCUCCAAACUUGCCACGCUGGGAAAGGGGCCUGGGAGACGAACCUGAGUUCACAGUCAGAUCUGGGUCCAUACCCCAGCUCUGCCUUUCCUAGGCGUGUGGUCUUGGGCAAGUCUUUUCACAUUCCUGAGCGCCACGUCUUCAUCUGUCAUGUAGAAUUUAAUAUGGCAUGGCACAGAGCUGGCACGGGGGAUGGCUGGGCUGGCGGAUGUCAGGCACACUGCACAGGGACCAGCAUGACAUAGGCACUCAGAGAAUGUUCUCUCCCCUCCUCUCUCCUUACUCCAUCCAAAUGCUUACCCUGUCUGCCCCCCAGGCCCAUGCGUGGGCCACUGCGCAGGCCUGUACUCUCCAGGCAGGAAUCUGUGAGCUAGUCUCUGAUUACCCCAAGCUUCUGGACCAACACUGUCCGAGGAAAACCUCUGCCGCGGUGGAGACGGGCCACCUCUGCACCCUCUGACGCGGUGGCCACUCUCCACGUGUGCCUAUUGUGUUUUUAAAAUGUAGACAGUCUAACUAAGCUACUGGGGUUUUAACUUUAUUUCAUUUUAAUUAGAAAUGUAAAUUUAGCUACAUGUGGCUGGUGGCUGCCAUACUAGACAGCACAGGCCUAGACCUUGAAGAAGAUGACCUGGCGUGAAGACUUGGCUUGGCACUGGCUCAAGUGCAUGUAUGUGGCCUUGGGCGGGUCUCUGCACCUCUCUGUACAGUAAAGGCAUGUGUGCCUCGUUCGGUGCACAUGUGCAGACACACAUGUUUGUUAUGAUUAUUUAGCGUUUAUUGAGUUGAGGGCAGUGGUGGCUCUGGGAGGAGAAGGCAGAGGCCUGGCUUUGGGACGAUUGUCUGAUUGUACAGAUGAGGUUUGCACCUGUGAGACAGGCAGGAGGAGCCCUGGCUCUGACCCCUUCCCUGCGUUGUUGGCCUCUAAGCCAUCCCCACUCUGGCGUGGGCCUCCCUCUUCUUUGUUCCCACAGGGUCUAGCACUUUCUUUGCCCCAGGGACUUUCCACACUGGACCGUAAGUAACCAUUUGCAGGGUCAGCAUCUGCCCCGCCCCCGCCCCCAUUUCCAUCUUAGCAGAUCAGCCCCCAGAGUUUGUCAACAGAUGGCAUUGGUUAGAGGCUGCAGCCUCUACCCAGAGGAGGACGGUGCCUUGAGAUGGACAGGUACCGCAGGAAUGGGGGCGGUGGACAGGGAAAGUCAAUCCACUCCACUAUCCUUAAGGCUGAUUUGUAGUCCUUGUACCUGUCACUUGAUGGUCGCAAGAAGGCCACCAUAGUGCCCAUUUAUGACAAGGACAGGAGUGGUAUCAGCCACAGCCCUCCUAGGCUCCCACUGCCAAUGAACUUCCUUUUUCAUCUUAUUGUCCAGAAUUGGGUCACAUAAUUACCAUUAGCUAUGAGGAAGGCUGGGAAGUUGAGUACCUGGCAAAGAAGAAAUAGGCUUGUCUUGAUGGCCUCACCCAAAUCAGGAUUCAUUGCCUAGGGCUGAGCAUGGUGCUGUCCCAAACAAAAGUGGCCUUGUGUUAUCCUGGAAAAAGAGGUAGAGAGUGGCUCUUGGGUUGGUUACUAGCACUGCCUGCCUGGGUGACCACUGCACAAUUAGCAUAGCACUUUGUAAUUUACCAAGUCCUUACUUAUGUAAUUCUGCAGGAUUACAUUCUCCUUGAUUUGUAAUUCUGCAUGCACAUCUCAGGGUUGUGAGACAGCUCAGGGAUUGUAAUCCUCACAUUGCAGAUUAGGAAAACAAGGCUCGGAGAGGUAGAGUACUUAUUCCAGGAAGCAAGGGAGCCAGGCUAGGACCCCGUCCUCCAGACUCUUGAGCUGCCUCCUGUGAGCCGGGAGAAGGACCUCUGCUAAAGGUAGCAACUGGGAGUCAUUUAUCUUUGUAUUCUAAAUGCUACCUCAACAGUCUGGCACAAAGGUGUUCAGUGAAUGUUUGAUUCAUCUAUCAGUGAAGGCAUUACUAGAUUAAUUUAUUAACUCGAUCCAUGGAGCAUGGGGUAGGAAUGAUGGAGGUUGGUUACCUAUUCUUUCUUCAAAAUAAGGAAGCAUGAGCCCUUACUGGGCCUGGCUGGCUGUCUCAUUUCCUAGUUCUCAUGUGCACCCUACUAGCCAUGUGAGCAGACAGUCCAAGUACAGAGAGGCCCCUGAUGGCCAUGAAAUGGUGGGCAGAGCUGGGUCCAUGCAUAUGACCCAGUCUCCUGAGAACUCAGCCCAGGAGCCAGGAGCGCUCCCUCAGGGGACAGUGAAAGGUCUACUGGGAAAGAUACAUGACCCUGGCCAUUCACUUGGCUCCUUCAGCCUUGAAAGGAGUUCAGCUCAGCACACACUCCAUUCAUUGCCACAGACCUGCGCCAAGAGCACGCACUUGCGCUCAUCACUUUGGAAGUCAGUCUGCUCCCCAGAGUGGGUGCUCCCCAAGGCAGGCUCUGAACCCCACCUGCCUCCAGUGCCUGGCAGCACAGGGAUUGGAAAGAGUUGGGAAGGAAGGAUGUCAAAAGAAGGACUGACCCUUGCUUCUAAGGCUCGCUAUGUUUUGAUAGUGAAGACAGACAUCCUCCUAAAUAACAGACCACCGAGCUGCCUUACAGAUACAGGAGCAAGUGACCAAGUGACAGGAUGGGAAAGCAAUGGAAUCAGAGUGGUAGGAGGGGGGAGGGAUCUGGGGAAGCUUCCAGAGGGUUUGAGUCUGACUUCCAAGGAAAGAAGGAACGAUAGCCAGCAGCCAUGAGGGGAAGGGUUCAUAGGUAGAAGGCAGCGUGUGCACACAGGUUUGGAGGCAGCAGACGGCAGGUGUGCAGGUCAUAGUGGCACUGAGUAUAAUGUAUUUGAUAAUAGAGAAUGGAGGUGAGGAAGGCUAGAUCACCAUGGGUGUCGGGGGGUGAAGGGCUGUGUCUGCAUCCUCCAGUCCUGUGCUUUUCAGACCCCAAUGUCGUAGAAGUCACCUAGGGGUCUAAUCGCAGGUUUUGAUUGAGUAGGUCUCAGGUGCAACCUGAGAUUCUGAAUUUUGAACAAGCUGCCAGGUGAUGCUGAUGCCACUAAUCUGUGGACCACACUUUGAGUAGCAAGACUUCAAGGAGGGAGCCAUUGAAGGUUUUGAGUAGGAACACGACUGUAGUCUGAUUUGCUUUUUAGAAAAAUUAUUCCAAAGGCUGUGAAGAAGCUUCAGCAGGGUAGAAGAAUACAGGCAGGAUGAGAGAUUUAUUUUUUCUAUAUCUCCAACACCUAGAAUGAUGUCUGGAUCAUAACAGAUAAUCAAUAGAUAUAUGCAAAAGGAAUAAAUGAGUCAUCUGUGAUAGACUUUUUAAAUGAGCAAGCAGGAAGAAUGAAUGAGUCAAGUUAUCCCAAACUGGUAAGCCAAUAUUAUAUAAAUCACUCAGUCGGGCCAGUCCAAAUUGAGAAUAUGUCUUAAGGCAGUGCUUUUCUAACUUGGUUUUAGACAAAGAUCUGAUUGCUUCCAUGAAAUUCUAAAUGGAGCCCCAAUACGUGAGUCACAUAAAAAAUAGUUAAGUGCCCAGGUUGGCCCAGGGUAGGAGCUCUGGAACUGGGCAGCCCAAUCGUUCCCCUUUCUCCCCAGGCCAAAGGCAGAUCCCCACUGCAGCCUCCAGACUGUCACAAGCAUCAGUCGCCCCCAAAAGCCAGCCAUGCCCCCUCCCUGCCCCCAGGCUGGCUGAGGCAGCCCUUCUGCAGGAUCUUGGGUGGGGAUUUUCUGUUUCUGACUCAAUUUCCCCCACUAGACAGUAAAGGCUAUGGGCCAUGAGAGACCCAUCUUGGUAUCCUUAUGCCCAGCACAGGACCUGGGUCUAAUGAGGCACUUACAAAAGCAUGAUGGACAAGCAAGUCCCAAGGACAGGGCAUGAGUUCCCAGAACCCCAGACACGUUAGCCCUUCUCUCCCAAGCAGCAGAGGUAGUGUGGGCGGCAGAGGCAUGCAGGGGAUGGAGUUGAGAUGUUUAGAGUAUAACAAUUUGGGGUUCAUAUCCCAGCUCACACACUUACUGACCAUGCAACUUUGGGUAAGUCCUGAGUGCCUCUGGGCCUUGGCUUCUCAUCAAUAAAAGAAAUAUAACAAACCCUCCCUCCGGAGGGAUGCAGUGCAAACCAAGGGAGUUACCAGAUGCGAGCUGUGCUUUCUAAGCAGCCCUCUUCACACGCCGCUGUCGCCGGCUCACAGCCUGCCUUGCUUCUGCGUGAGUGUCUGUGUGUUGCAUUUAAGCAGGAAGCAUCAGUCACGCUGACAAAUCUCCGUGUCCCCAGGGGGUGUUCCUAACCAGUUAGAGGUUUGGCAUUUAUUCUCAACUGCUUGUUGUUGUACUUUUCAAAUAGCCAAGUAUUUAAAUAUCACCAGCCUGAUUGCUCCUGCAGAUCUGUAGCCCUUGUCCUGCACCAGGGAAAUCCUCUCGCAGGCAGGUGUCACGGGUGACAGCUGCAGCCUGGUGGCAGGGACACUGGGCACCAGGUUACUGGGAUCAAGUCCAGCUCUGCUCCUUGCCAGCUGGGGGACCUUGGGCAAGUCGCUUCACCUCGUGGAGGCUUCAUUUCCUCAAUAAGAAUAACAAAUAUCUAUGUAUUGGUGCUUAAUGGCUUCAAACCCACCUCCACCUGCUCAUGUGGUGGUCUCAAGCUCUCUGUAGGCAGCUGAUCUUUAUCACCUCCAUGGAAUAGCUCAAAAAACUGUGGCUCUCUGAGUAGGGCUUUGAAUCCCUGUUCCCUUAAAAAAUGGUAUGACUUUGGGCAAAUCCUUGCCCUCUCUGAUCCUCAGUUUAUAUAAAAUGGCAACGAUAUGGCAAGCAAGUGUAUUGCCAGGCACCUACAGGUGCCCAGUGAAAGAAAGCUGCUGUUUGGAUUCGUUAUUUGUAUAUUAUUGACCUUUGCCUAGGAUCACAAAGCGAAAGUCAGCACUGCUGAGCCAGACGCCAGGCUGCGGCCUGCUUCCCUGCUGCAGGGGCAUGUGAAACUUCCUUCCCAGGGUCAGCUGGGGUAGCAUGGUUGGCAGUGCAGUGUGAACUGCGAAGUGCCAGAUCACUCGGCCCUGAGCGCGGCGCGGACCCUGUUCGUGGAUGUGGAGGAGCGCGCGCCCGAGGCCAUGGACGUGAAGGAGCGGAAGCCGUACCGCUCGCUGACGCGGCGCCGCGACGCCGCCGAGCGCCGCUACACCAGCUCGUCGGCCGACAGCGAGGAGGGCAAAGCCCCGCAGAAGUCCUACAGCUCCAGCGAGACCCUGAAGGCCUACGACCAGGACGCGCGCCUGGCCUACGGCAGCCGCGUCAAGGACAUGGUGCCGCAGGAGGCCGAGGAGUUCUGCCGCGCAGGCGCCAACUUCACCCUGCGGGAGCUGGGGCUGGAAGAAGUGACACCCCCUCAUGGGACCCUGUACCGGACUGACAUCGGCCUCCCCCACUGCGGCUACUCCAUGGGGGCCGGCUCUGACGCCGACAUGGAGGCUGACACCGUGCUGUCCCCCGAGCACCCCGUGCGGCUGUGGGGCCGGAGCACACGGUCAGGGCGCAGCUCCUGCCUGUCCAGCCGGGCCAACUCCAACCUCACGCUCACGGACACCGAGCAUGAGAACACUGAGACCGGUGCUCCCUUGCAUUGUUCAUCCGCUUCAUCAACCCCUAUUGAGCAGUCCCCCUCCCCGCCCCCCUCCCCUCCGGCCAAUGAGAGCCAGAGGCGGUUGCUAGGCAACGGUGUGGCCCAGCCAACCCCGGACUCAGACUCUGAGGAAGAGUUUGUCCCUAAUUCAUUCUUAGUUAAAAGUGGCUCCGCCAGCCUGGGGGUCGCGGCGAAUGAUCACCCCGGCGGCCUGCAGAACCACCCACGGCUCCGGACACCGCCGCCGCCCCUGUCGCACGCGCACACCCCCAGCCAGCACCACGCCGCCUCCAUUAACUCCCUGAACCGGGGCAACUUCACGCCGAGGAGCAACCCCAGCCCGGCGCCCACCGACCACUCACUGUCCGGAGAGCCCCCCGCCGGCGGCGCCCCGGAGCCCGCGCACGCCCAGGACAACUGGCUGCUCAACAGCAACAUCCCCCUGGAGACCAGAAACCUAGGCAAGCAGCCAUUCCUAGGGACAUUGCAGGACAACCUCAUUGAGAUGGACAUUCUCGGCGCCUCCCGCCACGAUGGGGCUUACAGUGACGGGCACUUCCUCUUCAAGCCUGGAGGCACCUCCCCGCUCUUCUGCACCACCUCGCCAGGGUACCCGCUGACGUCCAGCACGGUGUACUCCCCUCCGCCCCGGCCCCUGCCCCGCAGCACCUUUGCCCGGCCGGCCUUCAACCUCAAGAAGCCCUCCAAGUACUGUAACUGGAAGUGCGCAGCCCUGAGCGCCAUCGUCAUCUCGGCCACGCUGGUCAUCCUGCUGGCGUACUUUGUGGCCAUGCACCUGUUUGGCCUAAACUGGCACCUGCAGCCGAUGGAGGGGCAGAUGUAUGAGAUCACGGAGGACACAGCCAGCAGUUGGCCUGUGCCAACGGACGUCUCCCUGUACCCCUCAGGGGGCACUGGCUUAGAGACCCCUGACAGGAAAGGCAAAGGAGCCACAGAAGGAAAGCCCAGUAGUUUCUUUCCAGAGGACAGUUUUAUAGACUCUGGCGAAAUCGAUGUGGGAAGACGAGCGUCACAGAAGAUUCCUCCUGGCACUUUCUGGAGAUCUCAGGUGUUCAUAGACCAUCCUGUGCAUCUGAAAUUCAAUGUGUCGCUGGGAAAGGCAGCUCUGGUUGGCAUUUAUGGCAGAAAAGGCCUUCCUCCUUCACAUACACAGUUUGAUUUUGUGGAGCUUCUGGAUGGAAGGAGGCUCCUGGCCCAGGAGGCACGGAGCCUGGAGGGACCCCAGCGCCAGUCUCGGGGAGUGGUCCCCCCCUCCAGCCAUGAGACCGGCUUCAUCCAGUAUUUGGAUUCGGGAAUCUGGCACUUGGCUUUUUACAAUGACGGGAAGGAGUCCGAAGUGGUUUCCUUUCUCACCACUGCCAUCGAAUCGGUGGAUAACUGCCCCAGCAACUGCUAUGGCAACGGUGACUGCAUCUCUGGGACCUGCCACUGCUUCCUGGGUUUCCUGGGCCCUGACUGCGGCAGAGCCUCCUGCCCCGUGCUCUGUAGCGGGAAUGGCCAGUACAUGAAGGGCCGGUGCCUGUGCCACAGCGGCUGGAAGGGCACUGAGUGUGAUGUGCCCACCAACCAGUGCAUCGACGUGGCCUGCAGCAACCACGGCACCUGCAUCAUGGGCACCUGCAUCUGCAACCCUGGCUACAAGGGCGAGAGCUGCGAGGAAGUGGACUGCAUGGACCCCACGUGUUCGAGCCGGGGUGUCUGUGUGAGAGGCGAGUGCCACUGCUCCGUGGGGUGGGGAGGCACCAACUGCGAGACCCCCAGGGCCACAUGCUUAGACCAAUGUUCAGGCCAUGGAACCUUCCUCCCGGACACCGGCCUCUGCAGCUGUGACCCAAGCUGGACUGGACAUGACUGUUCUAUUGAGAUCUGCGCUGCUGACUGUGGAGGCCAUGGCGUCUGUGUGGGGGGCACCUGCCGCUGUGAGGACGGCUGGAUGGGGGCAGCCUGCGACCAGCGGGCCUGCCACCCGCGCUGUGCCGAGCACGGGACCUGCCGCGACGGCAAGUGCGAGUGCAGCCCCGGCUGGAACGGCGAGCACUGCACCAUCGCUCACUAUCUGGAUAGGGUAGUUAAAGAAGGUUGCCCUGGGUUGUGCAAUGGUAAUGGCAGAUGUACCUUGGACCUGAAUGGGUGGCACUGCGUCUGCCAGCUGGGCUGGAGAGGAGCAGGCUGUGACACUUCCAUGGAAACCGCCUGUGGUGACAGCAAAGACAACGAUGGAGAUGGCUUGGUGGACUGCAUGGACCCUGACUGCUGCCUCCAGCCCCUCUGUCAUGUCAACCCGCUGUGCCUGGGCUCCCCCGACCCUCUGGACAUCAUCCAGGAGACACAGGUCCCUGUGUCCCAGCAGAACCUACACUCCUUCUAUGACCGAAUCAAGUUCCUCGUGGGCAGGGACAGCACGCACAUCAUCCCCGGGGAGAACCCCUUUGAUGGAGGGCAUGCAUGCGUUAUUCGUGGUCAGGUGAUGACAUCAGAUGGGACCCCCCUGGUUGGUGUGAACAUCAGUUUCGUCAAUAACCCUCUCUUUGGGUAUACAAUCAGCAGGCAAGAUGGCAGCUUUGACUUGGUCACAAAUGGCGGCAUCUCCAUCAUCCUGCGGUUCGAGCGGGCCCCUUUCAUCACGCAGGAGCACACCCUCUGGCUGCCGUGGGAUCGCUUCUUCGUCAUGGAAACCAUCAUCAUGCGGCAUGAGGAGAACGAGAUUCCCAGCUGCGACCUGAGCACCUUCGCCCGCCCCAACCCCGUGGUCUCUCCAUCCCCCCUGACAUCCUUUGCCAGCUCCUGUGCAGAGAAAGGCCCCAUCGUGCCAGAAAUCCAGGCUUUGCAGGAGGAGAUCACCAUCUCUGGCUGCAAGAUGAAGCUGAGCUACCUGAGCAGCCGGACCCCUGGCUACAAGUCUGUGUUGAGGAUCAGCCUCACGCACCCCACCAUCCCCUUCAACCUCAUGAAGGUCCACCUCAUGGUGGCGGUGGAGGGCCGCCUCUUCCGGAAGUGGUUUGCUGCAGCCCCAGACCUGUCCUAUUACUUCAUCUGGGACAAGACAGACGUCUACAACCAAAAGGUGUUCGGGCUCUCAGAAGCCUUCGUUUCCGUGGGUUAUGAGUAUGAAUCCUGCCCAGAUCUGAUCCUAUGGGAAAAAAGAACAGCAGUGCUGCAGGGCUAUGAAAUCGAUGCGUCCAAGCUUGGAGGCUGGAGCCUAGACAAACAUCAUGCCCUCAACAUCCAAAGUGGCAUCCUGCACAAAGGGAACGGGGAGAACCAGUUUGUGUCUCAGCAGCCCCCCGUCAUCGGGAGCGUCAUGGGCAACGGGCGCCGGAGAAGCAUCUCUUGCCCCAGCUGCAAUGGCCUUGCUGACGGCAACAAGCUCCUGGCCCCGGUGGCCCUCACCUGUGGCUCUGACGGGAGCCUCUACGUGGGUGAUUUCAACUAUAUUCGAAGGAUCUUCCCCUCUGGGAACGUCACCAACAUCCUGGAGUUGAGAAAUAAAGAUUUCAGACAUAGUCAUAGCCCAGCGCAUAAGUACUACCUGACCACAGACCCCAUGAGCGGGGCUGUCUUCCUUUCUGACACCAACAGCCGGCGGGUCUUUAAGAUCAAGUCCACCGUGGUGGUGAAGGACCUCGUCAAGAACUCUGAGGUGGUUGCAGGGACAGGUGACCAGUGCCUCCCUUUUGAUGACACUCGCUGCGGGGAUGGUGGGAAGGCCACGGAAGCCACACUCACCAACCCCAGGGGCAUUACGGUGGACAAGUUCGGGCUGAUCUACUUCGUGGAUGGCACCAUGAUCAGACGCAUUGAUCAGAAUGGGAUCAUCUCCACCCUGCUGGGCUCCAAUGAUCUGACGUCGGCCCGGCCCCUCAGCUGUGAUUCUGUCAUGGAUAUUUCUCAGGUUCGCCUGGAGUGGCCCACAGACUUAGCCAUCAACCCAAUGGACAACUCACUUUAUGUCCUUGACAACAACGUGGUCCUGCAAAUCUCUGAAAACCACCAGGUACGCAUUGUCGCCGGGAGGCCCAUGCACUGCCAGGUCCCCGGCAUUGACCACUUUUUGCUGAGCAAGGUGGCCAUCCACGCAACCCUGGAGUCAGCCACCGCUCUGGCUGUUUCACACAAUGGGGUGCUGUAUAUUGCCGAGACUGAUGAGAAAAAGAUCAACCGCAUCAGGCAGGUCACCACUAGUGGAGAGAUCUCACUCGUCGCUGGGGCCCCCAGUGGCUGUGAUUGUAAAAACGAUGCCAACUGUGAUUGUUUCUCUGGAGACGAUGGUUAUGCCAAGGAUGCAAAGCUGAAUACCCCCUCUUCCUUGGCCGUGUGUGCGGAUGGGGAGCUCUAUGUGGCUGACCUUGGGAAUAUCCGAAUUCGGUUUAUCCGAAAGAACAGGCCUUUCCUCAACACCCAGAACAUGUAUGAGCUGUCCUCACCAAUCGACCAGGAGCUCUACCUGUUUGAUACCAGUGGCAAGCACCUGUACACCCAGAGUCUUCCCACAGGAGACUACCUGUACAACUUCACCUACACCGGGGAUGGUGACGUCACACUCAUCACAGACAACAACGGCAACAUGGUUAACGUCCGCCGAGACUCUACCGGGAUGCCCCUCUGGCUGGUGGUCCCAGAUGGCCAGGUAUACUGGGUGACCAUGGGCACCAACAGUGCGCUCAAGAGUGUGACCACACAAGGACACGAGUUGGCCAUGAUGACAUACCAUGGCAACUCCGGCCUUCUGGCAACCAAAAGCAAUGAAAACGGAUGGACUACAUUUUACGAGUAUGACAGCUUUGGCCGCCUGACAAAUGUGACCUUCCCUACUGGCCAGGUGAGCAGUUUCCGAAGUGACACAGACAGUUCAGUGCAUGUCCAGGUAGAGACCUCAAGCAAGGAUGAUGUCACCAUAACCACCAACCUGUCCGCCUCAGGUGCCUUCUACACACUGCUGCAAGACCAAGUCCGGAACAGCUACUAUAUCGGGGCUGAUGGCUCCCUGCGGCUGCUGCUGGCCAAUGGCAUGGAGGUGGCACUCCAGACCGAGCCCCACCUGCUGGCUGGCACCGUCAACCCCACCGUGGGCAAGAGGAACGUCACCCUGCCCAUCGACAACGGCCUCAACCUGGUGGAGUGGCGGCAGCGCAAGGAGCAGGCUCGGGGCCAGGUCACCGUCUUUGGGCGCCGGCUGCGGGUUCACAACCGAAACCUUCUAUCUCUGGACUUUGAUCGCGUGACUCGCACAGAGAAGAUCUAUGAUGACCACCGCAAGUUCACCCUUCGGAUCCUGUACGACCAGGCGGGGCGGCCCAGCCUCUGGUCACCCAGCAGCAGGCUGAACGGUGUCAACGUGACAUACUCCCCUGGUGGCCACAUUGCCGGCAUCCAGAGGGGCAUCAUGUCCGAGAGGAUGGAAUACGACCAGGCAGGGCGCGUCACGUCCAGGAUCUUUGCCGAUGGGAAGACGUGGAGCUACACGUACUUAGAGAAGUCCAUGGUGCUUCUGCUCCACAGCCAGAGGCAGUAUAUCUUUGAGUUCGACAAGAACGACCGCCUCUCUUCCGUGACCAUGCCCAAUGUGGCCCGGCAGACGCUGGAGACCAUGCGCUCGGUGGGCUACUACAGGAACAUCUACCAGCCACCCGAGGGCAAUGCCUCGGUCAUCCAGGACUUCACUGAGGACGGGCACCUCCUCCAUACCUUCUACCUGGGCACCGGCCGCAGGGUGAUAUACAAGUACGGCAAGCUGUCGAAGCUGGCCGAGACGCUGUACGACACCACCAAGGUGAGCUUCACCUAUGACGAGACGGCGGGCAUGCUGAAGACCAUCAACCUGCAGAACGAGGGCUUCACCUGCACCAUCCGCUACCGUCAGAUCGGGCCCCUGAUCGACCGGCAGAUCUUCCGCUUUACCGAGGAGGGCAUGGUCAACGCCCGUUUUGACUACAACUACGACAACAGCUUCCGGGUGACCAGCAUGCAGGCUGUGAUCAACGAGACCCCGCUGCCCAUUGAUCUUUAUCGCUACGAUGACGUGUCAGGCAAGACAGAGCAGUUUGGGAAGUUCGGUGUCAUCUACUAUGACAUUAACCAGAUCAUCACCACGGCAGUCAUGACCCAUACCAAGCACUUUGACGCGUACGGCAGGAUGAAGGAAGUGCAGUACGAGAUUUUCCGCUCACUCAUGUACUGGAUGACUGUCCAGUAUGACAACAUGGGGCGCGUGGUGAAGAAGGAGCUGAAGGUGGGACCCUACGCCAACACCACCCGCUACUCUUACGAGUACGAUGCUGACGGCCAGCUGCAGACUGUCUCCAUCAAUGACAAGCCACUCUGGCGCUACAGCUAUGAUCUCAAUGGGAACCUCCACCUACUGAGCCCUGGGAACAGUGCACGGCUCACGCCACUGCGGUAUGACCUCCGUGACCGCAUCACUAGGCUGGGUGACGUGCAAUACAAGAUGGAUGAGGAUGGCUUCCUAAGGCAGCGGGGUGGUGACGUCUUUGAGUAUAAUUCAGCUGGCCUGCUCAUCAAGGCCUAUAACCGGGCUGGUGGCUGGAGUGUCAGGUACCGCUAUGAUGGCCUGGGGCGGCGGGUGUCCAGCAAGAGCACCCAUAGCCACCACCUGCAGUUCUUCUAUGCAGACCUAACCAACCCCACCAAGGUCACCCACCUCUACAACCACUCCAGCUCUGAGAUCACAUCCCUCUACUACGACCUGCAGGGACACCUCUUUGCCAUGGAGCUAAGCAGCGGUGACGAGUUUUACAUAGCUUGUGACAAUAUUGGGACCCCUCUUGCUGUCUUCAGUGGAACAGGCUUGAUGAUCAAGCAGAUCCUGUACACAGCCUACGGGGAGAUCUACAUGGAUACCAACCCCAACUUCCAGAUCAUCAUCGGUUACCAUGGAGGUCUCUACGAUCCACUCACCAAGCUCGUCCACAUGGGCCGCCGGGAUUAUGAUGUGCUGGCUGGGCGGUGGACCAGCCCGGACCAUGAGCUGUGGAAGCACCUGAGUAGCAACAACAUCAUGCCUUUCAACCUCUACAUGUUUAAGAACAACAAUCCCAUCAGCAACUCUCAGGACAUCAAGUGCUUCAUGACAGAUGUCAACAGCUGGCUGCUUACCUUUGGAUUCCAGCUGCACAACGUGAUCCCCGGCUAUCCCAAACCCGACAUGGAUGCCAUGGAACCAUCCUAUGAGCUCGUCCACACCCACAUGAAAACUCAGGAGUGGGACAACAGCAAGUCCAUCCUUGGGGUACAGUGUGAAGUACAGAAGCAGCUCAAGGCCUUCGUCACCUUAGAACGCUUUGACCAGCUCUAUGGCUCCACAGUCACCAGCUGCCAGCAGGCCCCAGAGACGAAGAAGUUUGCAUCCAGUGGCUCAGUCUUUGGCAAAGGGGUCAAGUUUGCCUUGAAGGAUGGCCGAGUGACCACAGACAUCAUCAGCGUGGCCAACGAGGACGGGCGGAGGGUUGCUGCCAUCUUGAACAAUGCCCAUUACCUAGAGAACCUGCACUUCACCAUUGAUGGGGUGGACACCCACUACUUUGUGAAGCCAGGGCCCUCAGAAGGCGACCUGGCCAUCCUGGGCCUCAGUGGGGGGCGGCGAACCCUGGAGAAUGGGGUCAACGUCACGGUGUCCCAGAUCAACACUAUGCUCAAUGGCAGGACUAGACGCUACACGGACAUCCAGCUCCAGUACGGGGCACUGUGCUUGAAUACCCGCUACGGGACGACGCUGGAUGAGGAGAAGGUGCGGGUGCUGGAGCUGGCGCGGCAGAGAGCCGUGCGCCAGGCGUGGGCCCGCGAGCAGCAGAGACUGCGGGAGGGGGAGGAGGGCCUGCGGGCCUGGACAGAGGGGGAGAAGCAGCAGGUGCUGAGCACGGGGCGGGUGCAAGGCUACGACGGCUUCUUCGUGAUCUCCGUCGAGCAGUACCCGGAACUGUCGGACAGCGCCAGCAACAUCCACUUCAUGAGACAGAGCGAGAUGGGCCGAAGGUGACAGAGAGGGCCGAGGCCUGGACUUCUUGCCAAAGACAGCUACUCUUUUGUGGCCGCAUACCUUGACUGUGUUGUACUUUUAAAAAAAAAUCCUUUUUUUAACAAGUGCAGAAAACAAAAAGAUAACUGGUUGCAUUGUAAUUCAUGCAACAUCCUUUUUUUUAAGAAAAGAAAAACACAAAUUUGGCCUUCACACAUUUUUUGCAAAGAACAGAAGGUAUUUUUUUUUUCUGUAGUGUGAUCACAACGAAAACUUUAUUGUCUUUUGUUCCCUUUUUCCUAGAGGAUUUUUCCUUGUUGUUUGGGGUACGUUUCUCCUCUCUGAGACAUAUCUCCUGGGUGUGUCCCCGUCCGUCCCUAGGUACCCAGUGUGAUGUGAGACACGAGUGUCUGUGCUAACUUGUCUCAUGUGCAACCCUUUCUUCUUCAAUUGGGGUCGGGCAGGAGUGAGGGGUGCAGAUGCUGAUGGGCCAGUACAACACCCCCUCCAAGGGGGCCCGGGGGAGGGUCGGUAGACCUGAGGCUCUCUGGCUAAGCUCCCGAAGCUAAGUGGUGGGUUUUACUCCCUGCGUUCUGUGCCUCCGGAGGACCACAAAUGGCAUCAUCUUGCUCCGGGGAAUUUCAUGAUGUCGUUAAGCACCUUUUCCAGCUGCCCCAAACUCCUGUCCAAGCUUUAUAUUUGAUGCUAAAUGAAGCCCCCUCCCCCUUUUGCAAAUCCUGUGUAGUUGUCAGUGCCACCUCCAUGCUGGGAUAGAGAAAGUGUCUCCCAGGUCCUUUCCCCCAGUGUGGUGACAUAACAUCCUGGGGCCAAGAGCCCCAUCCUCCCCAGGAGGGGGACGCUCCCAGGAUGUCCUUGCUUAGUUGCUCUUCCAUGAAGUUCCUUUUCAUCUCCUCCUCUGUCCCAAAGCCAGAUGUGAGAACCAGCACUGCACGGUAAGCCCUCCACGUGGGCACCAUGUCCAGGGACGGGAAGGCCGCCCAUGCAAAGGGAUGGCAGUGGUGGCAAGGGUACAACCUGCCUUCCGAGGGGAAUCCCUCUCCCCGUGACUUUGGUAUCUUCCCUCCACUGCUCAGUUGCCACCACUGAUAAACAGGAGUGUGGCAGGAGGUUCUUGGUGGCCUUUGAUUCUGGAAAGAUGCUUAAGAAAAAAAAAGUCAGCCAAAGAGAGGAAGGCGUGAGCCAAGCAUCCUUCUAACUAGCUCCUGAUGUCCCCUCUGCCUCUUGUGUACGGGCUAAUAGCAGAGCUGGGAUGCAGCAGGAUGAGCUUGCAGGAAAUUCCUGAAGUUCUAGAACAGCUUCACCUCUAGAGAAGCCCAGCCAGGGUUUUUUAGAGGAUAAGGAGAAGGGAGGGAGAGCUGAUCUGGUGUGGCCUGCCCAUGUCAUGCCAGCCUGCCAGGCUCAGGGGCAGUUCCCAAGGAGCGUGCUCAUGGAUCUGGGAGGCCAGGCUGGCAUGAUUCUGGUGAAGACUUGUGCCUGUGUCAUCAGGAAGAGGCCUGAGCCCCCUCAGGAGUGAGGACAGUGCCCACCUGAGGGCAGGGAACAGCAUGAGUGAGGGCUCCUUGUUCAAGGAUUCCAUUCCUGGUUCAUCUGCCUGAUUGCCAUUGUCAUUACUACUCACAGGAGGCUCUGGGAGACAGGAGGAGAAGCCAAAUGCUUCCUUUUAAGCUGGGCUUCUUAGAAAAUGGGACUUUUAUGGGUUACAUUUACAUUAAGUGUGGAAAAUGAAUUCUGAGUCUGAGCUAUUCCCCGUGGAAACCUUGUUGGACUGAUAAGCUCAUGGCACCUUUAUAGCCUUACUCACAGAGUCUCCAGAAUAUUACACAAGUUAAUGAAACCAAGAAGGUCUCCUACUGCAUGAGAAUUGGAGCAACGUGUGGUCUGAGUUCUGCUGGCAGAGGGAGGCACCCAGAGCUGCUCGGGGAGCGGAGAUUUCGCCUUACAUCCUCCCACUGGGAUUAAGGAUGUGUUUCGCUAAGUGCUCUUCCUGUUUCCAAAAAAAAUCACACUGCCGCAACAGUGUGCCUCGGCCUGUCUGUCACUGGUUGCCCGUUGCCUCUGCUCCAGAGCUCCGCUGAGUCAGAUACGGCCCCUCAGGGCCGCCGUGCGUGGCAUGAGCUGGGAUGGGGGCUCCCAUCUGGCAGGAUCGUUUUUGGAUGGGACGGAAAACAAUUUGGCCUGAAGAACACAGUUUUUUUUUUUAAUUGGAAACAGACUUAUGCCUCUCAAAAUGUACUCUUGAUAUAAAGGGCCUUUGGGCAAAGCUCUCCUGCCCAGUUGAUCAGCCCCGUCCUGGCUGCCUGACAUCAGUGAAGAUCCGCUGGGGACGUGUACCGGGAAGUCAGGGAAAGCAAGUGGUCCAGGGGAACCAGCUUGUUACAUUCUCCACCCCUCUGUCCCUCCUCCACUGCCCCUCCCCAAAGGAAUAGUGCAGACUUUUAAGGGUCAAACACAGAAUUAUUGGACAUUCCUUUUUCUUAAAGGAAUGAUCUUGUAUUUUUCCUGGGUUACCGCAGAGGCCCAGCUUCCAUAGGGGAAAGGUUGAAGGAUCCCCAAGUUCAGAGAAAGGAUCUCAGUGGUGGAACAGGCAGCAUUAUGCACCUCACUUUCACCUGGGUUCUGUUGUGCUGGAAAUGGCACUUCUGGCCCUGGCCCUUCUGAGCUGGUUCCCAUUUGGGCUGGCAGGUAGCUCAGUGCCUCCACUCUUACUCUGCCCUCCUGCUGAGACCAGCAGUGUCAAUCCCAUGGUGAGGGGGAGUUCCAAGGCUAAAAGCAGAGUUCCCUGUGUGUACCUAGCAGGCUGCAAGCAUCAACCCCAUCCUGAUGCCACCUGCCCUUUGGGCACUAACCAACCAAAGCCUGUCCCUUUGUGGGUGUGAGCAGCCCUCCCUCUCUGGCCUGGGUUCAUGACCAUGCAGGAUGGUGGCCUCUGACCCUAGCAGCAGGUCCGCUUUAGAAUAGUUCCUGCCUUCUCCCUUGCCCUGCACAGCUGCCAGUCGGCCCCUCAUCCUCAGUCCCUCUGCUGCUCCCUUGGAAAGGACUUUACUGGUUCCCCAACUCCCUUUUUCAUUGGGGAUUUCCUCCUUCCCACCCUCCAAACAGACAUCACAGGUGGGCAGAGCUGGGACCACAGGAAGAAAGGGAAGGAACUCCAUGGUAAAUUGCACCUUUGUCAGCCUAUGACCCUUGUCUCUCAGCAUUGUUGGCUGAGAAUUAACCCAAGGACCACACCAGUGCCGAAUUUCCCCUUAGGGAUGGAGGACUUGAAACGAUCUCUAAGAAACUGAGUGGAAGGUGGGAGCGGCCAGGAGGUGUGCUUUUGGAUCAUCAGGACGGACACUGGCAUAAGGUGACGGCAGGGCAGGGAGGUGAGUCAAACUGGGCCGUGUUUUGUCAAUACAGAACAAGGAAUAAGAAUUUUUAAAAAGAAGCAGAAAGGACCCUUUCCGCUGUGACUUUUAAGUGUCAGCUUUAUAGGUGGCAGGGGUUUCCAUUAUGCAAAGAGAAGGCUUUCCAUGUGAAAUCUUAGAAUGCAGUUUUACCAUUUGCAGCCUUAUUUUUGCAGUGGCCACGUAGUGAGGGCGGUGACGCUGAGUUUUGUGCCCAGGAGAAAAGAGCUUGAGAGCACGCGGCAGGGUCCUGGGCUUUGGGAUUUGGUCACCAGAUGCUCAAGGUCCAGUCCAUUCUCCACUCUGCAGAGCAGCCACUAAGCCCAGGAACUGGUCCUGGUCAGGGGACCUGCCUCCUGAGGGGUCCCAGAAAGAACCCAGGUUCUCCUUUCCCUGUGAUUUUCACUAGGACAAAAAGCCCUCCAUUCUAGGCACACAAUUCCCAGCUAGGUUUCUACACUUGUCUCUAUUUUAUGGGAGGGGAGGGGACUAGAAAAAGAACUCUGCAGUUCAAGGCCCUUUCAUUUAACCUUCCAAAAACAGCAAACUCAUUUUAAAGACUCAUUGCUCAGGUGAUAGAGAGAAACUUUAUCCUCUCCAACCUUUACAUUCUCAAAAACCAGCCUUGUGUACUUGACUGCCCCAGAGAGUGGUGAGCUCUUAGGUUUCAUUAUGAAUGUGCAAGAUCAGAGUGGGGGAGGCCUGGGUGGGGCCAGUGUUGUGUUUCUUACCCCUCUGGAAUGCCAAAGGCAUGAUAUUGGGUGACCUCUUGGUCUCCCAGAAAAUGUGAUUUAUUCUGAGGGCAAACCGCCAAGGGAGGACUAACCAUUGGGCGGGCUCAGCUAUCCUGGCAGAAGCUGAGUCACAGGUGUCUGGCGGUGCCCCGGCAGCCCUGGAUUCACCCGACACCAGAAUCCCACUUUUCUAAAUCUGCCUGUUGUUCUGAGGACUUCUGAACCCGCAGCUUCGGCAAGAGGACUUUGUACCAAGCUGCCUCUGGACGACCAACACUGGAGACUCUGGCCUUACCAUGUGGAAAUAGUUUUCCUGAAGUCUGGAACUAAUUUUGAGAAGUUUUUUUCUCAACACUUUUGUGUUUCUAACACUGUAUCUUGACUGUGUAAAUACCAACAAGGCUGUAAAUAAAUGCAGAUGUAGAUACCUUCUAGAAAAAGAGAAAAAAAAAACCAUAAAAACAAAACCAGAAGUGAUCCUGUGUAGCCUUCGUUGACAAAUAAAAGACUAUUUUGUGUUUAAA